AUGUACCCCUCUCGCAUCCUGCGCAUGACCCCUUCGCGGGCUUUCUACAACCCCGCCCCUAAGGAGGCUCACAGCGCCCACACCAUCUCGCAGCGUCUGCGCAUGAUCAAGAAGUGCCCUCCCGAGCUGAUCCCUCUCGGUAUUGUUCUGGGCGUUGCCGUCGGUGCCGCUAUCUACUCUUGCACCAAGAAGCUCAUGACCGACAAGACUCUGCGUCUCUACCGCAACAGCCCCGAGAGCCGCGAGCACUAA